CUCUUCUCCUCUCUGUUUCUCUGGGCAUCCGUUCGGUCCGGCUCUGCAGGAAGGUGAGUAAAGACUGCGAGUUCUUAACCAGCCUUCGCCUUUACCUGGAGGAGCAACAUCGGCAAGAUCAACAGCGCCUAGUAUUUGCCCUACCGCGAGUUUUCUCGGUUUAUCCCGCUCCUCCUGAUUUCGUUCAAAGAGAGUAUACAUAUAGAAUCCUAUACCCGGAGACCACUACUCUCUGAGCAGGUUUCUUGCAGUCGUGCGUCGAACGUAAAACUUAAACGACGGUAUGUCGAGGUUGCUGCAGCCAAGACCGUCGACGCGAACAAAGUAACGGUAUAAACGUGAUCGGUCACCCUAUCACGUCGUGUAAUCGCUAUUUUUUUAUUAAUCGAUAUCAAAUAGUCGUAAUAAUAAUACCGAUAAUAAGACAACAAAAUUAAAACAAAUGUCUCAUAAAACGUCAUUUUUUACGUUCGAAACAAUUCUUGAUACUCCUUCAACAGGUAGUACGGCACAUACGUCUAGAAUAGCUACGUACCUGUGGGCAAGAAACCGAAAAUAAAACGGAUGUGAGACGCUGGCAGGAUAUUUAAAAAAAAAAAAAAAAAAAAUGGAUGUACGCACCUGCGGUUGUUUCUUAUAAAUUUUUCAUCGAAACGCAGAAUAAACCAACGAAUGAAUGGAUAAAUUAAUCAAUGAUAAUUCAAUUUUAUACAUGUGAAACUUAUCGAAAAAGAGAAAAAAAAUUAUAUAUGCGUGCGUUACACAGUGCAGCAGGUUUUGAAGAAAAAAUUUCUCACGCAAGUUGAUGUUCUGAUUUCGAUUUUGUAACUUUUUUUUUUUUUUUUUUUAAUCCAAUUAAAAUUUUGUGCAACGAUUCAACGCACUAGAUACGCGGUAUACGACCGCUAACAUACAAUAGAUAUAUUGAACUGCUAAAUUAAAAUCGAAGACAUAAAAUAGCGAAGAGAAAAAUGAAAUUUGGAAGUUCGUGAAAAUUUGGUGUAUACCUACAUCUGUACAUACAAAAAACGUUUCUACAAUGAAUCGUCCGGUACUUGAACUUCUUCUGACGUUACUGGCAGGGACGUUUUGCCUGGUUGCAGCAACUUCUCCGUGUCCUUGGGAGGAUAAUGUCGCGGAACUUCAAGGCUCUUGCAUAUGCGACUAUAAUCUUGCGAAGGAGCUCUCUGUCCAGUGCGAUGUCGUUGAUUACGAUAAGCUGGUUGGGUCACUGAGACUUCACGCUUCGAACAUCGCCAUAGACCUUUUGUACGUGAAUGACAGUUCCAUAGGAGUCCUUAAGGAUGACGCCCUUUCAUCGCUGACGAUUCACAACAUUCAACUUUCCGGCUGCCGCAUCAAGGCCAUCCAGCCUCACGCGUUCAGAGGCCUGGAGAAAUCCCUGAAGAAUUUGAACCUCCGUAACAACGAAUUGACGGAAGUUCCCUCGCGGACGAUAGAGAACUUUCAAAAUUUGACAGUCCUCGAUUUAUCGAUGAACAAAAUAACGAGAGUAGCCGACGAUGCCUUCGCUAAGCUCAGACUCAUUACGCUGAAACUAUCCGAUAACGAAGUGACCAUUUCCCCCGGUGCAUUUCAUGGACUGGAUAAAACGCUGAAGAACUUGAAUCUCAAGGGCACCAGGCAGAAGAAGGUACCAGAGGCUCUGAGGGGCCUGAAAACUCUUGCAUUCCUCGAUUUGUCUUACAACAGUUUACGAGAACUUCCCGGUUCAGCGGGAACCCAAGCUUUCGAUGGACUCGACAGACUAACUGGAUUGAACCUGGAGAGGAAUUUCAUCCAGAAUAUUGAAGCCGACGCUUUUUAUGGCGUAAAAAAUACUCUGAGCUCUCUUAGCCUGCUGAGCAAUCUGAUUCCAGACUUUCCUACCACAGCUAUAAACAGUGUUCGCGAUUUGAAGGUAUUGGACAUUGGGUUUAAUCUGAUAACAGAAUUGCCGACAAAUGCAUUCCAAGGAAAUCCUUCGUUGACUCUGUUAGCGAUCGACGGAAAUCCAUUGACAACUGUGCCUGAAGCGGCGUUGAUACACCUCAACGGAACGUUACGAGGCCUGAGUUUUGGUGGGCCAUUUUUGAAUUGUGACUGUAAACUCAGAUGGAUCAUCGACUGGAUACGCAAGCAGGACCUUCAAGUAACCAGCCGUGAAAAACCACAAUUUUGCGGUGGUCCACUGCAGUUACAGAAUAGAACGUUCUACAGCAUCAGACCAGAGGAAAUGAUCUGCCCUACUGGAGUUAUCGCCGUUGGAACGGUGGAAAGUGUAGAUACGAAGGACAUUCUGGGUCCUGGGGAGGAUAUAGUAGAGUCGGUUUUGCCACCAACUCAAUCAACGUCUACAACCACCACGCAGCGACCAUCGACUUCACCGGUAAUAUCCAGCACAAGUCGUCCUGCUGGUAGUGUCGAGAGGGUGACGGAAGCACCGGUCGUUUCGACAAGUACAUUGCGAACAACCGGUAGACCUGCCAUGAGUAGAACGGGCAAUGUUGUCAUCACAAGAACUACGAUAUCACCUCUCAAGCAUCACCAAGAUCAGAGCAGUAGUUUGCAGCAGCAUCAACCCAGGCCGCCGCUUGUACUAGGAUCCCCACUUUACAAAGUAAAAUCUGAUAAAGAGAUUAUCGUUAAGGAUGUCUUGAGACAAGACAACACGGUGAUUAUCUAUUGGGACACGGAAGUUUCAAAUAUCCUCGGAUUUCGAGUCAUCUAUCGCUUGUUUGGUGAGACAAGUUUCAAACAAGCACCACCACUGGAAGCAAGCGAACGUGAAUUCAAGAUAAAAAAUGUCCCGUCACAGGAGUGCAUGAUCGUUUGCGUAGUUUCGUUAGAGGAAACAAACGUCAGCCCUUCGAAUGUCCCGUACAAUCAAUGCAAGGAAGUUAGGACCGAAAAUUCACCAACGUCGAACAUGGACAAGAUAACGAUAGCAGCUAGUGCCGCAAUAUGCGCGACAAUCGUUGUCGCGGUAAUAAUAUUUGUGGUCGCAAACCGCAGAAGAGCCAGAAAGCUCCACACCCUACACAGCUUGGAUCAAACAAAAAUAGGGGGUCCGAUCGCAGGCUUGCCAGUUAAUUGCUGCUCAGGUAUCGGGCCGACGCCAAGUCCAGGUGGGCCGUUGUCUUCACUAGCAACUUUAAGUGCGUUUAACAAUCAAAAAGAUUGGGAUCAAGUUUCGGCUUACAGUACCAGGAGCAUACCAAGGCCGAGGGUUUUUCCGAUGGAGCGCCAGGGUUCAAUAAAUCGAGCCGCAUGUAUCGACGACAUGAGAUCUCAAGCGUCGCAUUUUGGGGGUGGAAAAGUUUCUACCCGUUCGAUUGCCGAUGGGCAAUCGCAGCACAGCUUCUCAAACAACUCAACGAGAUAUUUCGGUCCGAACCCAGUGCAGUCUAAUCUUGUCAGUUCACGCCCAGAAUUGCGACAGUCACGUCAGUCUCUCGCAGCGGCAUCGGACAGACUUUCGCGGGCGAGCUUCCCUGCGAGCCAUGCCCAUCAACCGCACACGUCGGCUAGAAGGCAACGCCCGAGAUCUCGUAAUCGCACUUUAGAACAACAUCCACCUCGUCCCGGGAGUCGCUAUAGUUUGGCAGACUCUACGCACACCCUUAACAACUACGAAGAAAAUAACUGGACAGAUCACGACAUGGAUAUUUACAUGGCUCGAAAUCCAACGACAAGAGGUGGUCUCGUACCAUUAUGAUCUGACAUUCAUCUCCAUCAUUCUGCUCAAGCACAUUUAAAAUCGUUUAGCAUAAGUCAAGAAUUAGCUAGCUGUUAAUGUAUUAUACCCUAUCGAUUAAUAUAAGUAUAUGAUAAUGUUAUAAUUAUUUUUAUGAAAGUAGCGUUAUUAAACUGGAAAAAAAAAACAACUUUACAAUACGUUAAUGACAGCAAAUUAAAGUCAUCAGACUUUA